AUGGUGUCGCGGGGGGAGCGUCGCCCGCCCUGCGGGGCGGCCGGGAACCUGGCGGAGCUGGCGGAGCUGGACGAGGAGGCGCUGCUGGGGGCGCUGCGGGAGCGGUUCCUGAGGCAGCAGGUCUACACCGACGUCGGGGACAUCCUCAUCGCCAUGAACCCCUUCCAGCCCCUGCCGCUGUGCGGGAGAGAGGUCUCCGAGCGGUACCGGCGCCGGGAGACAAGCGUGCUGCCGCCCCACAUCUUUGCCGUGGCCAGCCGGGCCUACUACGGCAUGCUGGGCCGUCGGGGCAACAGGCCCCAGAACCAGAGCAUUGUCAUCAGUGGAGAGAGCGGUGCAGGGAAAACAGAGAGUACGAAGCUAUUGUUGCAGCACAUAAUGAACCUAUGCAAAGGCAACUCACAGCUGGAGCAGCAGAUCCUUCAGGUAAAUCCGUUGCUUGAAGCUUUUGGCAAUGCCCAGACUGCGAUAAAUGACAACAGCAGCCGCUUUGGAAAAUACAUACAGCUGCGUUUCCAGAAUAAUACAGUGCAAGGUGCAAAGCUGAGUGAGUACCUGUUAGAGAAGUCACGGGUAGUGCAACAAGAUAUCGGGGAGAGGAAUUUCCAUAUCUUCUACUACAUGUUUGCUGGGCUUUCUUCAGAGGAAAAGGAGAUGUAUGGGCUAUUGGAUCCUUCACUCUACAGGUACAUAAGUGGACGAUUUGGUACAUCGGAUGCAGCUCAGUGCUGGAAGCACAAAUACCAAGAGGUGUGCAAUGCCCUUGACAUGGUGGGCUUUCAAGAACAGGAGCAAGUGGACAUGCAGACUAUCUUGGCUGGUGUGUUGUCUCUGGGCAAUGUGACCUUUGAGCCUGGGGAGAGUGAUGGGUCUGUAAAAGUGAGUGAAGUCUCCCAGGGAUGGCUGAAGGCUGCAGCGAGUCAGUUUGGAGUCCAAGAAGAUGAACUGUUAAAUUGCCUUAUUUGUACAAUGUCGGUGACCCGAGGCGAGCAGAUUCAGCGUUUUCACACCCAGCAGCAGGCAGAAGAUGCUCGGGACUCCAUUGCAAAGGUGGCAUAUGGCCGAGUAUUUGGCUGGAUCGUUUGGAAGAUCAAUGAGCUUCUGGCUGAGAACGUGGAUCCUGAGGUAGAACUGAGGGAGAUAGGUAUCUUGGAUAUUUUUGGGUUUGAAAACUUUGCAGUGAAUCGUUUUGAGCAGCUUUGCAUAAACUUGGCCAAUGAGCAGCUGCAGCACUUCUUCAACCAUCACAUUUUCCAGCUGGAGCAGGCUGCCUAUAAGGAAGAAGAGCUGCCUUGGGAGACUAUCACAUUCAACAAUAAUGAACCUAUUCUGAAUCUGCUUCUGGCCAAGCCAGUUGGGCUUCUGUCUCUUCUGGAUGAGCAGAGUGCAUUCCCUCAGGCAACUGAUAAGACGUUUGUGGAUAAACUAAACAGCAGCUUCAAGGCGAGUUUACACUUCCAGCCAGGCCGAGGCCGUGUUUUGUGCUUCAGCAUCAUUCACUAUGCUGGGAAGGUACAAUAUACUGCUGGGGGCUUUCUAGAGAAGAACAGAGACACCUUGCCAGCCAAUGUCCAUGGGCUCUUCAUCAACAGCGUCACCCCCUUGCUCAGCGUGCUGUUCAAAGAAAUGAAGCUGGACAAGGCCAUAGCUUCUAGCUGUUCACACUGA